CUGCUUAUCUAAAAAUGGGGAAGAGAUUCGGAGAGGCAGGGUUUACUAAAAAUAGAGUAGGUGGAAGAAGAAGAACCUUAUAUACGAAGGAAAACGCACGUUAGUAAUGAAUCCUCUCUCUUCCCAACAAUCUAAAUGUGGCACUCUUCCCCCUGCUUUCCAGAUAAUGCAAACCCACCUCUUUUUCCCCUUCUUUUCCAUUUUCGGCAUUUCUCUCUCUCUAUAUAUAGACCCUCUUCUCCUUUCUUUCUUUCCAUGCUGGGAAGGAAGGCCUAAUAGAGAAACAGAGAGAAAGAGAGACAGAUACCGAUAACAAAUGGGGAGAGGGAAGAUUGAAAUCAAGAGGAUCGAGAAUGCCACAAGCCGUCAGGUCACCUUCUCUAAACGCCGUGUCGGUCUUCUUAAGAAAGCCCAGGAACUCGCCAUCCUCUGUGAUGCUGAGGUUGCCCUCAUCAUCUUCUCCAGCACUGGCAAGCUCUUCGAAUUCUCCAACUCUGGCAUGAACAAAACGCUUUCAAGAUACAACAAGUGUUUGGAUUUUUCUGGGUCUUCUUUGGUUGAGUAUGAUGCAGAGAAGCAGCAAGCUAGGGAGAUGAACAUUCUGAAAGAUGAAAUUGUGAAGCUACGAAUGGCACACAUGCAGAUGAUGGGUAAAGAACUAACAGGAUUGAGUUUGAAUGAAUUGCAACACCUAGAACAUCAGUUAAGUGAAGGGUUAUUGUCCGUGAAGGAAAGGAAGGAGCAGUUAUGGUUGGAGCAUCUCGAGAAAUCAAGAUUACAGGAACAACGGGCCAUAUUGGAGAAUGAGAAUUUGCGCAAACAGGUUGAAGAGCUACGAGGUUUGGUGCCAUUGGCUGAACAUCCGAUACCUCCAUACCUUGAUUUUCAUCCCAUUGACAGGAAAUGUUCCCACAUGAAGAACAAUGCAAUGAAUCCUAAUAUGGUGUAUAACUGCAUGUUUGAGAAGGACGAUUCAGACACUUCCUUGCAUUUGGGUUUGUCUGAUUUCGGUUGCAAGAGGAGAGCACCCGAGAAUGCAUCCUGUUCGAACGAGUCGGGGAUGUAAGCUCUCCCAAGAUGACACACUUUCAAGGUGACUUUCUGGUCUUUUGCAAUGAGAGACUGCUGUUUAUUGAUUUCAGUACUUUUUGAGCUAGUUUUGCAAUUAUAGAGUCGUAUGUUAUCAGGAUUAUUUCCUUUAAAGCUUUCACUUCCAUACAAUAUGUAUACUCAGUAGUCUAAGUUGAGGAAACCUAAUGGGCGGAGUUGUUUUAAAUAUAGCUAGAUGCAACUGGUUUGCGUUUGCA